GUCCCAUUUUUGGACUUUUUUGUUAAACAAAAUCUGCAUAUGAAUUUUUUGUUUUUGCUUCGAAACAGAAAUUUGAUAUCUGUUAGAGGAAAUUUGUCUCUGUUUUUCUUUUCUAUUUUUCCCCCCCGAUUAAAUGUUCUUUCAGCUUCUGAUAAGUAAAGAAUGCUAAUUUGUGAAGCCUAUGAAUAUUAUCAGCUCUUUUAGUGAAAAAGAAAAUAUUUUUGUUCCUCUUUAAGAUCGUUUGAGGCUGAUUUCAUCUUUUUUUCCUUGUCAAAAUCACGCCUUUUUCCCUUCGGGGGUCUAAAAUAGUUGCAUUAUUGAGUUAAUUUCUCUUUUACAUUCUUCAUGUUUGUUUGAUGAUCCUUUUUUUCUUUAUCUCUUCUCUCAUAAACUAUAAUCAGUCUCAACUUUGAAGUCGUUUAAUCGGUUUCCACUUUGAAGUCGUUCUUUCUCUAUCAUUUAGGAAGUACUACUUGGGUGGAUGCGCAUUUGAGCUUAGCUUGAAUAAUAAUCAAAUUGAGCUCAAACCCAAUUUGGAGCUCAUUAAGGAUAUCAAACCAAGAUUGGAAAAUAAUAGUCUUCUGUUUGAGUAGAUGUCAUAUGCUAGAGACGGAAGUAUUGCUAGGUCUGCUUCACCCCGCAGCUCUUUGUCUCCACCACCUAGGGUUCGUCGGUCAAGAUCGUUAUCAAAGUCUCCAAGGAGACGCUCCAGGAGCCGUGAUUCUGCUGGCGCUGUUAAUCCUGGGAAUAAUCUCUAUGUAACAGGCCUGUCCACAAGGGUUACCAGCAGUGAUCUUGAGAAGUUUUUUAACAGAGAAGGGAAGGUUACUGAAUGCCAUCUAGUGACAGACCCCCGCACUAAAGAAUCUCGUGGAUUUGCUUUUGUUACUAUGGAAACAAAUGAGGAUGCAGACCGUUGUAUUAAGUAUCUGAAUCGUUCGGUGAUGGAAGGUCGAUUAAUUACUGUGGAGAAGGCUAAGCGUAAACGUGGUCGGACUCCAACCCCUGGAAGGUAUCAAGGUCUGAGAGGAAGACGAGGAUAUGGACCAAGACGGUCUCGUAGUUACUCACCUCGUCGACGCCAUGAUCGAGAUCCAUAUCAUAGGGAUCAUCGGGGAUCGCGCUCCCCCUAUGGUAAGAGGGGUGACGAUUAUGACUCCUAUGGAAGAUACAGGGAUCGUUCUGUGUCUCCCGGGGGUAGGGGCUAUUCCCGAGCUUAUUGAUUUUAUUGUGUUCAUUUUCUUUUCCUGCUUUUGUCUUUGGGAGUGUCCUUUCAUUAAACUGGACGUUGAUUCUUCUGUGAAUGAUGAAACGGUUGCUUCUCCUACUCCGUAUAGACUCUUUUUUUUUUUUUUUUUAAUGAUUUCGAACUUCAUCUUCUAAUAUUGAACGGAGAAUUAUUAAUGGCACUAUAUUUUUUUGUUAAUGGCACUUUUGCUAUCAUUUUUAUCAUAUGAUUUUCAUUUAUUAGUAAUCAUACGAUAAAAUAAAUAGGGGGAAUGCUAUUAACAAAAAGUAGAGUGCGAUUAAUAAUAAUAUCUCAAGUGGGUAUUUUCCAUAUUGUCU